AUGCCCUUCAAAACUCCCCUGUGGUCAAUUGUCCGCAGCUACUCUACCAGGCCGGCCAGGUCGCGGCUCGGGAAGAAGGCCUUGAGCCUAGAUCAUUUCCUCCAGAGAUCCCGCGUCAUAUCCCUCUACCGUGAAAUCAUCCGUGGCACACGGCGCAUUGCCGACCCAAACACCCGCGCCGAGUCGAGACGGUAUGCCCGCGAUGAAUUUGAGCGCCACCGAGAUGUGACGGAUCUCGGACACAUUCGCUAUCUCAUCUCAACCGGCAAGACGGAGUGGCAAGGCAUGGAACGAUACGUUGACGGAAUGUAG